AUGACUGCACUCACGGAAGAGGUGGCCGCUUCACCUCAAGAUGGAACUUCCGAAGAACCGUCAUCAAAAAAGAAAAGUCGCUCACUGUUCAAACCAGGGAUACAUCGAUCAAGUCCGAAUCCCGAAUGUGAUAGUGAUGGUUGGAUUGCCGGCCCGGGGAAAACCUAUAUCUCAAAGAAGUUAUGUCGAUAUCUGAAAUGGAUUGGAGUGAAAACAAGAGCUUUCAAUGUUGGUGAGUAUCGCAGAACGGAGGCUGGUGCAUCGGAUGCAAUCCACGGUGCAAGUGCCAACUUUUUCUCACCCGACAACGAGGAUGCGCAAAGGAUUCGAGCAGAGUGUGCUAGAAGAGCAAUGGAAGACAUGGCAGCCUAUUUGGAGAGCAGUGGAGGAAAUGUUGCAAUUCUCGACGCUACAAACACCACUCGAAAGCGACGAGCCACUGUUGUGGAUUUCUGCGAAAAGAAAGGCUUUCGUUGCUUUUUUCUCGAAAGUGUUUGCGACGAUCAAAAGAUUAUCGAGUCGAAUAUCACCGAUGUUAAGGUGAACUCACCCGAUUACAAAGGUUUGAUGUCAGCCGAGCAAGCAAAAGAGGAUUUCGUGAAACGGAUCGAGAACUACAAGGCACAAUACGAGCCAAUGUGUGAAUCGAAUGACUCGGAUCUCUCUUUCAUCAAGGUGCUCAACGCUGGGAAAUCGUUCUUCGUGCACAACGUUCACGGCCAUAUCCAAUCGAGAGUCGUCUACUUCCUGAUGAACAUCCAUCUCCUCCCAAGGAGCAUUUAUCUGACAAGACACGGUCAAUCCGAAUACAAUGCAAUGCAUCGAAUGGGCGGUGAUUCACCGUUGACUGAAAUCGGAAGGAAAUAUGCAGCUGCUUUGGGAGAAUUUUUCAAAAAGGAGAAGAUUCCCGAUUUGAGGAUUUGGAGUAGUCAAAAGAUUCGAGCGGCGCAAACAGCUCGCGAGGUGGCCUCAGCAGCGGCACACGUUGAGUACUGGAAAGCUUUGGAUGAGAUCGACGCGGGGAUUUGCGAGGGACUCACCUAUGCAGAUAUAGAACAACGAUAUCCAAGACAGUCUGAAGAUCGAGCCCGUGACAAGUACCACUAUCGGUAUCCAUCAGGUGAAAGUUACGAAGACGUGGUCUCCAGAUUGGAACCGGUGAUCAUGGAGUUGGAAAGACAAACCGAUGUACUGGUGGUUGGGCAUCAAGCGAUCUUGCGCUGUAUUCUCGGUUAUUUCUACGAUAGGCCGUUGAUGGAGUUGCCCUAUUUGGACUGUCCACUUCAUUCACUCGUUAAGCUCACCCCUCGUGCAUAUCAUUGUGAUUCGACCAUCUACAAGUAUGAUGUGCAAAGUGGAAAGUGGACCGAGCAGCAUCGUCAACUCGCCCUUUGUGCCAGUCCAAAA